AUGGGCCGGAUGUCUGGAAUCAAAUGGGAAAAGUCCGCACGAUGUGCACCGGUCCAUAAUAUUAUAUCGUCGGAUUUUCCUAAAUAUAAUCCAACUCCGUGGAAAUUUAUGGAAGGUCCAUCUCGAAUAGCAUGGCUAUUGUCAUACGAAUAUCAGCGAAUGUGGGUUGAAGAAAGAGAAGCAUGGAAGAAGAGAAUGUAUCCUGAAAAUACGACCGUUAAUGUUGACAUCGUUAAAAAAUAUGUUUUGACCUUCAAAUCGAAUCACCAACCACCAAAGCCAGAGCAGAAAAAGCCGUUUAAAAUGAAGAAAUUUGAAGGUGUCGGUAGCCGAACAAAAAAUAAGCGGCCAGCCAAUGACAAAGCAAUGAAUUUUAAUAAAAAUAAAGAAAAAGCUAUUGCAAAUUCUUAA